AUGCCAUCAGCGGUCAGCAGUGAUGAGUGGGACCUCCCCCGUCUAAAAGCCUCCAUCGGCUUCGAGGAUGACUUCCAGUACUUAGCCUCAGAUGAUCAAGAUACAGAGUUCUUUGAUGUAAAAUUCUACCCCUACGGAGACGCCACACAUGACCCAGUCUUUGCAGCUGUCAGCAAGAAGCAUGUUGUCAUUUAUCGGCUUUCCAGCAAAGCCAAUCCUCCUUAUGAGCUAGUUCAGCUCUUUAGAGACGAUGACAAAGAAGCCUUAAACUGUAGCUGUACCUGGACCAAAGAUCCUGAGACAGAAGUUCCCUAUCUAUGCGUAGCCGGCAGAGAUGCUAAAAUUAAGGUGUACGAUGUUAUUCAUGGGACACUAGUUAAGGUUCUUGUAGGCCACGGAGGAGAAAUCAACGACCUUGCUACAUGCCCAACUAAUUUCUUACUUGUCGCGUCUGCAUCAGAAGAUACAACUGUUCGAAUAUGGAGUCUCGAUCCUGCACACUCCAAGCAGCCAUGUGUUUGCCUUCUUGCUGGCGAAGGCCACUCCUCUGGACUAUUGACUGUUGCAUUCCAUAACAGUGGCCGAUAUGUCCUUUCUGCUGGCCACGAUAAUGUUAUCUGUUUGUGGACACUACCUGACUUGCCGCCCGAACCUAACGGCGAGAACCCCCAAAAGCCUAUUCUGAUUCAUUAUCCUCACUUCUUCACCUCCGAAGUGCAUAGCGGUAUAGUGGACUGCGUAGCUUUCUUUGGCGAUCUCGUUUUAUCGCGAGCUUGCCACGAAGACAUCAUAGUUCUAUGGAAGAUUGAAGGAUUCUCAUCUCGUGAUCCCCCUCCUGACAUAUCUCAGGCACCCACCACAAGUGAUACGGAACGUCUAACACGUUCCGCAUUUGCUCCCGCGACAGCAUCAGCAUGUCCGCCUCAAUACACCCGUCUACUAGAAUUUUGGACGCCGCAUUGUGGCCAUCAAUUCUACCUCCGCUUUAAGCUCUUCCAUGAUAAAGAUAAGCAUCCAGUCCUAGCUUUUGGAAAUGCGAAGGCUAUGAUAUUUUUCUGGGAUCUUGCGCGCCUAGGGAGUUACCAUGACUUCAUCAGCGAGGUCAAUGAUCCAGAUCGUGAUAAAUCUCAACCCAUCCAUCGACCGGGAUGGCUGGCACCGAUUCAGCAUAGGCACAAGGGCGAUGCUGUCAGCAAACUCAAGGAUGCCGCUAGCGAUAGGGAGUCGGUUGCAUCAGGUCGAACUGGUAGCGUUGACAUCGAAACGCACAUAGAUCUAAACACAAACUACUCACAGGAAACAUUAGAAUCGUGGGAACUGAAAUAUGAUAUGACUCGUGUAGAGGAGCCGAUCAGAGCGCACGCACAGAGCAACAUCACUGUCAAGGACUUUGUUGGACGCCAAGUUGCUUGGAGCGCCGGUGGUGAAUGGUGUGUUGUCGUUGGGAGCAAGAACCUCGCCAUCGUCCUACAGAGGUGGCAUAAGAAAGACAAACCAGAUGAUAAAGAGAAGAAGCCAAGCCAGGAGCGCCAGGCUUGAAGGAAUAUAAUGAUAAUCUGGACGAUUGAAUUUAGAUACCUAUCAGGCAAGGUAGGUACUACCUACUAGGUAGCCUUGCAUCUCCAAGAUACACAGUCUACAUCAAAGAGUAGAACUA